UGCAGUGCUCCUGCGGCCCCGACUGGUACACGGUGGGCACCAAGUACAAGAGCGAGUACUACACCUGGUUCCUCUUCAUCUUCUGCUUCAUCGUGCCCCUCUCCCUCAUCAUCUUCUCCUACUCGCAGCUGCUCAGCGCCCUGCGGGCCGUGGCGGCGCAGCAGCAGGAGUCGGCCACGACGCAGAAGGCGGAGCGGGAGGUGUCGCGCAUGGUGGUGGUGAUGGUGGGCUCCUUCUGCCUCUGCUACGUGCCCUACGCCGCCCUGGCCAUGUACAUGGUGAACAACCGCGACCACGGCCUCGACCUGCGCCUCGUCACCAUCCCUGCCUUCUUCUCCAAGAGCGCCUGCAUCUACAACCCCAUCAUCUACUGCUUCAUGAACAAACAGUUCCGCGCCUGCAUCAUGGAGACGGUGUGCGGGAAGCCCAUGGCGGACGACUCGGAGGCCUCGAGCUCGGCGCAGAGGACGGAGGUCUCCUCCGUCUCCUCCAGCCAGGUCAGCCCCAGCUGAGGAGCCGCCAGCGCCCACCCCAGGGAACCCCCCUUCCAACCCCCCACCCCCCCGCGCUGUCCCCGCUAUGGGGCAGGGGCUGCCCUGGGGGUCCGGGGCCGCCCCGCGCCCCCCCCGGCUCGGCCCAGCCUAGGAUGUAGGCGCGGGUGGGACAAUAAACCAC